CACAGACAUUGGCGGAAUUUCCCGGGUCUGGCCAGGAGACAGCUGGCAGCGUGAGGAGCGGAUUCAGAUGCAGGCGUUUUCCGCUUCGCUCUCUCAUUGACAGCGCAACCGGCGGAUGAAGACCGUCCAGUCUCGGCUUUGCGAUGUCCCAGUCCAAACAACUCCUCAUCCCUUGGUUGCGGACUCAGAUUGACAGUGGGCGGUACCCUGGUGUCAUGUGGACCAAUCAGGAGCAGACAGAGUUCUGCAUCCCGUGGAAGCAUGCGCUGAGACAGGACUCCUCCAGCCUGGAUGUGCUCGUCUUUAAGAGCUGGGCUGAGGUCAGCGGGAACGGCAGGGCCCACGGAGACCCCUCAGUCUGGAAGAGGAAUUUCCGCAGCGCACUCCGAGCCAAAGGUUUCAAAAUGGUCGCAGACAAGAAGAACGAUGCCGCUAACCCCCACAAGGUGUUCCGCUGGCCGGAGGAGGCGUCCUCUGGAGGCCAUCAAUGUGCCGGGUCCCAGGACCAGGAGGACGCAGACCAGUGCCAAGUCCUUCCUUUCCCUGUACAAGAAGCAAGCACGGGGAGCCAGGACUUCCCCGGCCAUGAUGACUUCUUUUAUCUGCCAGAGGGCGCUGUGUUUACAGCAGGGGGCGGCGCGGAGCCGGAUAUUUUGGAACAGUGCCUGCUGGGACUUAACAUUGAAGCUCCAAUAGAGGGCGUCGUUCUCCCCGUCUGUGAGCUGCCUCUGGAGUACCCGCAAGACAUGAUUGGCGGCGCUGCGUUACCGGAGCAACCAGCGGAUGGAGCCGUGGGAGUGGCUUGUGAGCAACAGAUGGUGGAGCAGUUCAUGGAUAACAUGUCCAGGACCAUGGUCGGAGAGCAGUUCAAAACGCAGUUCCGGGUGCUGGUUUUCUAUCGAGGGGUGAAGGUUUCGGAGCAGCUGGUCAGCAACGAGGCCGGCCUGCGACUCGUCUACAGGCCUGACCUCACCCAGCCCGUGUUGGAUCCCCAGUCCAAUUUAUCCCUGGUUCCUCUGCCGAGCCCGGGAGCCAUGUUGGACAAGACCCAGGCCAACCUCACACAGCGCAUCCUGGACAAGCUGGGCGGAGGCCUGGAGGUGGGGGUGGCAGGGUCCGGCAUCUACAGCCAGCGGCUGGGCGAGAGCCACGCCUUCUGGAGCCUCUGCAAGUUCGACAGGAGCAAACAACCACAGGAAGUUGCCAAACGGGAGUCCCAAAUGCUCUUCCAGUUUAAGGACUUUGUGAGAGGAAUCCUGGCUUUCAUCAGUGGAAACGAGAGUCCUCCCUGCUCGCUGUUCUUCUGUCUCGGGGAGAAGUGGCCCGACCCGGACCAGCGGCCCUGGGAGAAGAAACUAGUCACCGUGGAGGUGGUCUUAACAUCCCUGGAGAUUCUCAAGAGCAUUGCUGUGAGUGGUGGCGCCUCCUCCCUGCAGUCGGUGGAACUGCAGAUGUCCCUGGAGGAGAUGAUGGAGUUGUGCUGAAGUCUGAGCUGACUCUAGAUGUGUGAUGACAGGUUUACUGAAAGCCCUCACACGGACGCCAAAAUUACACACACACCCCCCACCCCAACCCCCACACACUUAAACCUGGCAUUAAUUCACAACAGUGCUCAUCACUGGAUUCAGCAUCAAAGAAUAGAGGGAACGAAUUAAGAAUAUAACACACGGCUAAAACAGCAACAAAAUGUGUGAAGACUUUUUGAUUUUUAGACACAAAGUGUUGUAACACAAAAGGAAUAACAUCCAUCCAUCCAUCCAUUAUCCAAACCACUUAUUGCCGUCAUUCACCAUGAAGAUGGGAAGAGUAAUAUUAGCCGUAUGUUAUCAUUGCAACUUCAAAAAAAAAACAAAAUACAACACUACAGUCCAGAGACUGCUCAGUUUACUACCAAACACCUAACAGUCAGUGAAAUCCGUGUAAAUAUAACUGACACGGACAUGACAUGUUCUGUUAAAGGUACAAUCCGCAUUUGAUCCGCACAGCGGCAGUCCGCCCCGCUUCUGCCGUUGUCCUGGUCGGCCGUCGGAAACGUUUCGUUUCUUUACUUGUAAAGGAGAAAAAUCAGCCGGUACCGUGUUGCUUUUGCUCCCUUUUAAAGCCUUUCAUCUGUCUCCCUUUUUAAAAAAAAAAACCAAAUACACAAUGUUUACCCGAGAUGUGGAGGUGGAAAA